GGUGUCCUGUUUUCGUAGUAUCGCAUGUUCCUUAACGUGAUCACCAUAUGCGAUUUCUGUGUGUAUCACUCUCACUGGCUACUGAGUACUGAACGAUGAUGCAUGAUCAUAUGAAUCUGAAUGAGCAUGUCUUGUCACUCCUUGCAAAAAGCAACCAUCUUGGUCAUCUCAAGCAGCUCCAAGGCUACCUCACCGUCGCUGGCCAUGCCCAGACUCAGUUCUACGCUUUUAAGCUCGUCCGUUUCUGUACUCUCUCUCUUUCCAAUCUCCAUUACGCUCGCCUUAUCUUCAAUCACCUCAAACCACCCAACGCUUAUCUGUACACAGCCAUGAUCACCGCCUAUGCUUCUCAACCUGAUUACGUCUCUGCCUUCACGUUGUUCCGCGACAUGGUUCGCCGACGAAAUCCCAAACCCAGCCAGUUUAUCUACCCUCACGUUUUGAAGUCGUGCCCUGAGGUUUUGGGAUUGAAUGGCACCGGCUUGGUUCAUGCCCAGGUUUUGAAAUCAGGUUAUGAGCGGUACCCCGUUGUGCAAACUUCUCUUGUGGAUUCUUACUCGAGGAUUUCGGGCAAUGUGGGGAAAGCUAGGAAGGUUUUCGAUGAAAUGUGUGAGAGAAAUGUUGUGUCUUGGACCGCCAUGGUUUGUGGGUAUGCGAGGAUGGGGGAUAUUGAGAAUGCUAUGAAGUUGUUCGGUGAAAUGCCUGAGAGAGACGUCCCCUCUUGGAAUGCUAUCAUUGCAGGAUGCACUCAGAAUGGGUUUUUCUCUGAGGCAAUUCGAUUGUUUAGGAAAAUGGUUAAUCUGGCUAUGGAGAAGGAGUUACAAUUUCAACAUGUGAAGCCAAACCAAGUUACAGUUGUCUGUGCACUUUCAGCAUGUGGCCACACUGGGAUGCUUCAGCUUGGAAAAUGGAUACAUGGUUACCUAUAUAAAAAUGGGUUUGUUCUUGACUCGUUUACAUCAAAUGCUCUUGUGGAUAUGUAUGGGAAAUGUGGAAACCUUGAACAGGCAAGAAAGGUUUUUGAGAUGAAUCCGGAAAAAGGCCUAACAUCAUGGAAUUCAAUGAUUAAUUCUUUUGCGCUUCACGGGCAAAGUGAUAGCGCAAUUGCCAUUUUUGAGCAAAUGAUGGAGUGCGGUGAGGGGGUAAGGCCUGAUGAGGUCACCUUCAUUGGUUUGCUAAAUGCCUGUACUCAUGGAGGAUUAGUGGAAAAAGGUUACUGCUAUUUUGAGAUGAUGGUUCAGAAAUUCAGGAUAGAGCCUCAGAUUGAGCACUAUGGGUGCUUGAUAGACCUUCUUGGCCGAGCAGGCAGAUUUGAUGCGGCAAUGGAAGUUGUGAGGGGCAUGGGCAUGGAACCUGAUGAGGUCAUUUGGGGUUCUUUGCUUAAUGGAUGCAAAAUUCAUGGCCGUACAGAUUUGGCAGAAUUAGCAGCCAAAAAAUUAAUUGAAAUUGAUCCAAACAAUGGAGGUUAUGGCGCAGUGUUGGCUAAUUUAUAUGGGGAGUUGGGAAAGUGGGAUGAAGCUCGCAACGUAUGGAGAACGUUGAAGGAGCGAAAUUCUUUCAAAAUCCCAGGCUGUAGCUGGAUUGAGGUUGAUGACCAAGUUUCUCAGUUCUACUCCCUUGAUAAAUCAAAUCCAAAAACAGAAGAAAUAUACAGUAUUUUGGAAAGUCUGCGGGGUUUUAGAAACGAAGUCAUGGUUGAUCUAUAAUUCUUACUUAACAACCACAUGCUUCACAAAUCGACCUUGCCAGAUUUGAAAUAGGUAAACAAAGGAGAGAAGGAAGUAUCAACAUCAUGUCUGCCUCUUUUAAUGGUUCAGCCUGAUGGUGAUCAAGAAUAAGAAAGGAGAUUGGACUUCGAAAAAGUCAACCUUGAUGCUUUCAAACGAGUUAUUGAGAUCUUUGACUGUAUGUGAAGAACUAGAGAAGUGAAGAGAGAAAAGUGGGGACAUUACUGAUGUUGCACCUGCAAUGGUGGUAUGAAAGGAAAUGUGACUCGAGAAUCAAAAUUCGAAACUAAUUACAGAAGGCAACAGAAAGGUCGGUAGUGAUGUUUGUUCUUUUUUUUGGUUGAAUGGGACAAAAAUUAGAUAGGAUAGGAAUACACCCACAGCCAAAGAAUUCAAUGCGUUGUUUCUUUUACAGUUGUGAAGAUCGAUCAAACACGAAGGGAAGUACUAAAAUUAGGGUCGUACGUUCGCAAAUCUGGAUUAUGAUCUUAUCUCCUGAUCAAGCUUAAGAUACCUCAUUUAUUCGAGAGUCACAUGCCUCCGUAGUGUAACAAGACUCGAGAUUCAGCAUCUUGUAGCCCAGCCCAUAAUCACGAUACCAAAAUCUAGACGGAUUGUUAUUCUAGUCUUCUUUUUUUUUUUUUAUGAUCAGGUUUUUUAUGCAAGUGAAGUGCAAAAUAUACUCAGACCUUAGAGGUAAUCAUGAUCAAUGGUAGAGUUAAAGACUUGAUUAGAAGAUUAGCUUGUGUUGCUCAGUGCAAAAGUUUCACCGUCGGCUGAAGGGAAAAGUUUGUCUACUUU